CGGAGGCGGAGCCGGCUCCCCGGGAGCCGAGGUGCUCGGCACUGUGAGCCGACCUUCUGCACCUGUCGCACACCUGAGCCUUGCUCGCCGCGGCGCUGACGCUGACUGACUGGUGGCUCGUGACUCGUGAUCGGCUGGUCAUGGCCUACCCGGGAUACGGAGGCGCGUUUGGAAACUUCAGCGGUCAGAUUCCGGGGAUGCAGAUGCACAUGGGGCAGCCAAUACCAGGGGCAGGUCCCAAUAUGUUCUCUGGCGGUUACCCUGGGUACCUGGCGUACUCUGACAGCUACUCCCCUGCUGACGACUCUAUGUGGACUUACUUCACAGCUGUUGCUGGACAGGAUGGUGAGGUGGAUGCAGAAGAACUUCAGAGAUGCUUGACACAGUCUGGAAUUAGCGGGACUUAUGCUCCCUUCAGUCUGGAAACCUGCAGAAUUAUGAUUGCCAUGUUGGAUAGAGACUAUACAGGGAAAAUGGGAUUCAACGAAUUCAAGGAGCUAUGGGCAGCUCUUAGUGCCUGGAAGCAGAACUUCAUGACAAUUGAUCAAGACCAAAGCGGUACUGUAGAGCAUCAUGAGCUGAGUCAAGCCAUCACUCUAAUGGGGUAUAGGUUGAGUCCUCAGACAUUAGCUGCUAUUGUUAAACGCUACAGCAAGAAUGGAAGAAUUUUCUUUGAUGACUAUGUUGCCUGCUGCGUGAAGCUUCGUGCCCUAACAGAUUUCUUUAGGCGAAGAGAUCACUUGCAGCAAGGGAUUGUGAACUUCAUGUAUGAGGAUUUUCUGCAGGGCACUAUGACAAUUUGAAAGCCUAGCAUUCAAAAGAUGAAGAAAUACUGAAGAAUCCUUCUGCUUCGCCGAAACAGACUGGACUACCUAAAAUUAAAAGUUCAAAGAACUUUUUCCUCUCCCUUCCUGUUCAAGUCCCUAUUGCCACUUCUGUUAUUUAACCUUAAAGCACAGUUCAAUGCAAUAACUUUUUUAUUUGGGAUACAUUAUUUUUGGAAAAAGUUAUGAUAUUGCAGAUAUAUGGACACUGUCUUGAAGUGUUGCUAAUGAUAUGUAGCUAAUUGAUACCCGCACAUCUGAGCCUUGGUUUUUAACAAUAAUAGUGUAUAAGAAUGUAGUCACAUGACAGAUUGUCCACAAAGCCAAAUAACAAAAGUCUAGAUAAAACUUUUAUAUUAUCUAAAGGCUACAAGUUAUACUUCUGAUUUUGUUCAUGCCUGUGGGUGUUUCUGGGAAUGAAUCAGUCAUAGGGGACAUCUGCCCUUUUUGCUGGCUUUGGCUUUUGAUUACACCAUCAGAGAACAUAACCUCCUGUUCUUGGCUUAUGAAUAAGAAAACUUUAGUUCCUAAAACUUUAUCCAAAUUUGGGUCUGUCAGCCUAUGGUAGUAGGUAUUGUUUUACCUUUUUUAUUUCACUGUUUAUUUUUUUACAAUAUAUUUUAUUUUACUUUUUAAAAAAUCUCUGGUUUUGUUUAGCUUUGUUUGUGAGAUGAGAUUUUAACUACAUAGCCCAGCAGCACACAAACUCAUGGUCCUCCUGCCCUCCCCACCCCCCAUUGUGUGCAGAGAUUCACGGCUUGCACACCUGUGCCCACCUAAAAGUUUUAAAAUGAAGAUACCUUUCUCUUUCAUUAGUGAUGGUGUAGAUAAGCUAAAAUGUCCUCUUUCUCUAAAUCAAGCAGUUUUGGAGAAUGACACAUUUUAGUGAAGUGUCAGCUUUCACUCAUGUUUGUUCUUUCUUAUUCUUUCAACCCAGGUGCUGCUCCUGGCUGUUGGCCACAGUUUAUAAAAUUAAAAAAAAAAAUCAUGUAAUCUGCUACUGUUCAGAAGUUCUCUGUUGGAUCGAUAACGUGUUUGUGUGUGUGUGUGUGUGUGUGUGUGUGUGUGUGUGUGUGUGUGGUGUGGUGUGUACCAAGAAGUGUUUUGGUUUUUUUUUCCUUUGGAGACUCUAUCAGCAGCAUUUCUGGUGAAUUUUCUAUAGUGAUUUCAAGUACUCACCAGGUUCCUUGCACUAAGUUCUCUGAUAUAAGAUGUUAGAGUUAAUUGAGUUUCCAACGUGGAAAACACCCUGUCUUUAUUAAUGAAGAUCUGAAAGACCACUGAAUUUUCAUGUAUUCUAACUGAACAUAAAUUUAGUUUAAGAAAAAUGCAAAUAGAUAUAAUUUUAGUUUAGCUAAUGACAAAAUUGAAUAUUUUUUAAGGAAAACAUCAUGGUUUUUUUUUGUUGUUUUUUUGUUUUUUGUUUUUUAACGGACAAACCUCUUUUAUAAAAACAGAAAUCUUACAAACAGCUUUUACUUGAAAAGAUCCUGGAAAAGAAGUGAUGUCCUUGAUAUUGAUUACUCUAUAGUUUGCCUUCAAAUCCAUUUUGUCAGUUUUAUAAGACUUGGCUGAUGAAUACUCCACACACACUGUCCUCUGAAUAUUUGUUUCAUGACCACAUAUUUGAUAACCUGAAAGAGUAUUUACUGACCAUUGAAUGUACAGAAUCUGAAGCUGUUGUAGGAAAAAGAAGCCACAUUAUGAUACUAUAAAUUAUUGAGUAAUGAACACUCUUGAUGUAUAAGUGCUUUUAUUUAUACAGUAAACAUGUUUCCAUGUCAUUUUGAGAAUUUUUUAAUAAACAUUCAAAUAGCUUGCUGUAAAGUUUUGUAUCAUACAAAAUUUGUUACAUAUAUACUGUUAUGAGAUGCGUCGGUUCAAACAACAGUGCAUUAAUUAAUUCAGCUGUUAUCUAAAAGAUUGCCAAAUGAUUAAAUGUCAGGUGUACUUCUAGUUUGAGUGGCAGUUUACACAUUUUAAAUUACAUCAAGGGAAAAUCGAUACUAUGGGAAUCUUGAUUUGGUCCACUUUAAAUGUAUUUUAAGGACUGUGCUCAUUAACCUAUUUGAGGCAUGCAUCAGAAAAAGAAAGUAACAAAUAUAUAUUCAAGUUAUAUAUUUAUUUCCAGAAAAGACAUUUACCCUGGAAGAAAGUAGAAUUUAUCAAGGUAGUUUAAACUCUGUGCAAUUAAAAAAAUAACAAAAUCAAUUUGUGAUAUUUCUUUAAUUAAAAUAUACAAAUCAAGUUCACUUGUACUCUUAUGAUAUUACUAAUUGGACAAACAAAAUAAAUACUAUUUAUGAGAAAUGUGCUUUUUUUAAAUGUCCUUUAUCUUUGACAAACUAAAGUUUUGUCCUGUUUUGUUAACAGCUUUCUGUAAAUUUGAUAGGGGUAUGUUUUUGAAAAUCUAUAAAUUGAACCCAUUGCUCAGAAUCCCAGACUGCUUUCAGUUAGCACAUCCUUUGCUUUAAAGUGUAAAAUACAACCGUGGCUCUUUUAUUACUUUGGUACUUGCUUGAAAAGAUUCCAUUUGUUUUUUUGAAUGUAAUCAUUUAUGUAGUGGGUUAAGCUUCUUCAUAUAAAUUCCUAAGGCUAAGGUAUCAUCUAAAAUAGGUCUGGAGAGUAUUGUGUACUAUUGGAGGAUACAAAUGCAAAUGUUUAACCGUCUGUGAGGUGGUGAAUGCAGACAGUAUUUCAAAGGAAUACCGGUCUUAUCAUUUCUCAUUUAGACCAAGAUCAAGACAUCUCUCCUCCAUAUACUAAAUUAAAAUUUCCUUGUAAUUUAGAACACUGAGAAAGAAACUUUCUAGCGAAACACUUGGAGAACUUGGGGAACCCUUCAGACUCAAGACCUGUCUGUCAUUUGAAUGCUAGAAAACCCAGGCUUUGAAUCCUUCUUGUUGUGUUUCCUUCCAUUUAUUUUUAAAGAAUUCUUUCCCAUCUUACAACGAAAAAAGCAUAUGUUCUUAUCAGUCUCUUUAUCCAAGUAGCUUCAUAAUACAUCGUGCAGUAUAUUAAAACCCAGGCUUGCUUCUGCCAGUUCGAACCUACAGUGAGUAGACAUACAGAGUGCUUCUGUCUCACUACCAUGCACCACAAUUAGAAAAUAUACAGACAGGGGUUUUGCCCAUGUGCUGGUCUUGUUGUCGGGUGUGCCCCUUCAUUAACAUCAAGAAGUUAUAGAGCAUCAUUUAAUAGCUACAUGGAGAGAUGUGUGAACCAGGAAUGGUAGAUUUCCAAUUCUGAUGUAUUGGGAGUUGGAGUUUAACCUUUUUCUCUAAGCAUAAACAUCUAAAUAUGUAGACACAUGCAUAUAACCAUUUCGAUUUAAUUGUGUGUAUUGCUUAUUUAGUUGUCUUAUUUUUCUGUGAUUACUGAAAUUGCAAAAGAUAACCUGAACAGUGUUCUAGAAAUAUACUAAUUAAAGACUCAUGUUAUUUUGUAAAUUAUAGGCCAUUUAAAAAUGACUUUAGGAUUUACUGGACUUUUAAAUGCAUAUUUAAUUUCUUACAGUUGUGUAAAUGCAGGACCCUCAAGUAUGUCUUAAGAUAAGAGAUUAAAUGUUAUGGAACGUUGCCAGGUAUUUUGCCGUCUGUACUUUGACGCUGAUCUCACAAUCAGUUCCAGUUACAGAGGGCGAUGUAAUAUUUCCUGCUGUCUGUAAUAACUUUGGUUUUACAUUUAUCGCAUGGGGCCAUUGCUCUUGGCUUCUUAAAUCUUAAAAAGGAAGCAUGAGGAAUCUAUGUCAUUGCACAGACAAUGCCACCCUUAGUGCAUGCUGUGUUAGCGCCGACGAAUCUUGUUGAAAAGUGUCUUUGAAGAUAGUGCGGAUUUUCUUACAUGACACCCAAGCAACCAGGGGGAGAAAUUAAGCCUGUCUGAAACUUCAGCAAGAGGAAAUAAUAGCUGCAUACUUCCAUUCUUGAAUGAAAAGAUGAGCCAAGCUCUCAUUAUGAAUGAGCUAUUUUGAAUGUAUGUUAAAGGCCAUUUAUCCUUCAGAAAAUUGUGGUGAACAAUAAACAUUUCAGCCAUUUACUACCAUGGUUCUGAUGGGGCAAAGUAAAAUGUUUUUGAGUCCUUUAAAUUCGGAGUUAAUGCUUUCACCACUCAGCCCAGCUUGCUGGUGGUCUACUGGAACUCGGUAAAAUCAUAGCACUGUUACAAUGACGUGAAUUUCGAAUUGAUCAGCACCACCAUGCCUAUAUCUAGUACUGUACUUAAUAAAACAUUGGAAUUUCUUGGCUUUGCUAUUAAAAGUACACUAGCUAGCUAAUAAGAUUUACUUUCUUUUCCCCCAAAAUAAAUUCUUUUACAAAUU